UUUAAUGUGACAACCCCCGUUAACCAGAUUUCAGCAGCGCAUUCGCCAUCUCUCGGAUCCGAUUCCGUUUUAGUUAUCACCUUCCUGCAGGUGGAACCACAAACGGAUUCUAGUUUCUGCCAUACCAAUUGUGACAUUUUUAGCCUAUCUACUCCACAUCGUCCUCCGGGGGCCCCGGGGGAGUUUACGCCGCCCGAGUUGCCCCCCCCGGCCCUAACAAAAAUUAAGAAAAAAAUAACUAAACGAUAAAUUAAUUCCCAACCUCUAAAUCGAUGUUUUUUGACCUCAAAUAUUUUUCAUCGGGUUCAAGGGGUUCCGAUCAACAUUUGAUGAUACCACCUCCGAACGAUAGGCCACAUGACAAUUAUAUUAACCCUCUGAUGUGAAUGGGAGUUUCCACCACUCUACGCACUUUCCGUAAGAAUUGCCCGUCCCCACUCCGCCGACUUUCACCUCAGAGGGUUGAUGUCGAACAUUCCUACCUCCAAAAAUAAAUUCCAAAACAGACUGAACCUGAAGUUGUAUCCUGCAUUCGCCUACGGUAUGCAACUUCACGCGGUUCACGAACUUGAAAUCCCCUGAAUAUUUACAGUGAGUGACAUAAAAACUCGUGUUAACUGCAUCUCCCAGGAAUAAUCAUCGAGUAAUCUCCACGAGUGGGAGGUCUGAGAUUUGACACAGAGGCAAUGGAUGAGAAGAAUUCCAAAGAGACGACUAAAAUAACUCGUUCCCAAGCGCGUCACCUCCGCAGGAAGCGCUUAAUCAACGCUCGGAGAUCACCCCCCGAAACCACCCCCCCAGAAUCCCAGGAAAACCACCGAGACCCUGCAAAACCCCUCAAAAAUCAGUCUCCACCGGUAAUCUCAAAAUCCAAAGCUCGUCGACUGCGGAAGAAGAGCAAUCACACAACCUCUCCGAGUCCCCCAUCUGCGUCCUUUGAUACCUCUGAAAUUACCUCCACGAUCUCCACCUCCACCGAGGAAAUCCGUCCCGACCCCGAGAAAAAUUCCCAGGAGAUCCUCAAUACCAAAAGAAAUCCUCAAGAGCUCCUGAACAACGAGAAGAACCUGAAGAUCACGGAAUCCCUGAGUCGCUCAAAACCCAACGACUCAAACACCGAAUUAAUCAUCAAAAAAUCCCCAAAUAUCCAGCCAUCAGACCUCUUCCGCAACUCAUUCAGGGAUGACAUCAGUCAUGGGCUCGCACUGAGCCAUGACUCACCAAAGUCCCCGGCACAAUCGAACAAAGAAAUCAUCUCCCCAAAGACUGUUGCCCCCAGAGAAAUAAAAAUGAACGCAGAAGGUAAAACGAGGGAGGAGAUAAAGGCGGAGAGGGAGGCGAAGAAGGCAGCGAAAGCAGCUGCAAAGAACAAGUCGAAGGGUCCAAAGCAGAAUUCUGAAGUGACGAAUUCUUCGAAGAACCCUCCGAAGCCGAGUGCUGCGAAUCAUCUGCAGGAAAACUGUCUUUCAGUUCCUGAAAGCAAGCCUACACUGAAUAAUGUCAUGUCAGACGAGGAAGUGGAGAAAGAGAUUUCGAAUGUUGGCGAGAAGUUCUCGAACUUAACAGUCUCGGAUUUCGUGGUGACUCCACAUCAGACGACAGUAUCACGAGAGAAGAAGAUUAAGCAGGAGGGAAAGAGUGCUGAUGAGGGAAAGAGCAAGGCUCAGUUGAGGGAGGAGAGGAGACUCAAGCAGGAGGCUCAGAGGGCUGCGAAGGAGGCGCAGAAGGUCGCGAAGGCUGAGGUGAAGGCACCGAAACUCCAGAAGGUUGAGGGGAAACUCCAGGAAAAGGUCGAGAAAUCCCAGAGGAAGAUCAAGAAGGUGAUCGUUAAGGAUGGCAAUCACGAGGUGGGGCUGUUCAAACAUCUGUAUCACGAGAGGGGACAGGCGUUCGUGGACACUCCUCCUGUCAAUUCGCAUGUACAUCCGGCUAUUGUCAGACUUGGCGUCCAGUAUGCCAGCAAAAUCGUCGUGGGGAGCAAUGCAAGGUGCAUUGCUUUUCUCGCUGCUGUUAAGGAGAUGAUUCAGGACUUUGAGAGGCCUUCGCAGGCUGAUUUCACUAGGGGUCUGGAGGCCAGUUUGCAGGAGCACUCGGCUUAUCUUCAUCAUUGCAGGCCCAUGGCUGUCACCAUGCACAAUGCGCUGAGACAUCUCAAGUGGCAGAUCUCACAGCUUGAUUCUAAGAUAUCUGAUAAUGAGGCAAAAACGAAAUUAGGAACAGCCAUCGAUACCUACAUCAAGGAGCAGAUUCUCCUGGCAGGCCAGGCGAUUUCGAUAGCAAUUCAAUCGAAGAUUUCUAAUGGAGAUGUCAUCCUCACGUGCAGCUAUUCUUCAUUGAUUCAAAAAAUUCUCUGCGAAGCUCACGACAAGGGAAAAAAGUUCAGGGUUGUUAUACUCGAUGGGAGACCUUUUCUGGAGGGCAAGGAGUUGCUCAGAAGACUGGCGAAAUAUGGAAUUGAAUGCUCGUAUGGGAGGAUUACUCAAGUUAGCAAUAUCAUCACGAAGGAAGGAGUGAGCAAAGUUUUGCUCGGUGUUCACGCAAUAUUUGCGAAUGGAGCGAUAAUGUCGCGUCUGGGAACAGCUCAAAUAGCCCUAAUGGCCAAAGCCUUCAACAUUCCGGUGCUCUUCGCCUGCGAAACAUACAAAACCUGCGAGAGAGUUCAAACAGACUCGAUAGUCAACAACGAGAUUGGCGAUCCCAAUGAGCUUGCAAUUGGGAGCACUGCGUUGGCGAACUGGAAGGCGCAGCCCAAUCUGAACCUUCUCAACCUCACCUACGACGUGACACCUCCUGAACUGAUAACUGCAGUUGUCACCGAACUCGGUAUUCUCCCCUGCACAAGUGUUCCUGUUAUUCUUCGAAUGAAAUCCUCGGAAAUAUAAACAAUUAAGUUGUUGUUGAUGAAAACGCUUGAAACGAUUGGUGUACUAUUAUUUACAAUUUUAUAAUAAAAACAUUGAUUAUAUUGCUUUAUUAUUAUGAUGGAAUUAAUAAGUAUCUGUAGAUUUUAAUAAAUUUUUGAAGCUCAAUUAAA